AUGUAUAGGGACCUUAGAGAGUCGGUGGUUGAGGUUAGGCGGGUGCAUGACAGACUAAUGUUUAUUAAUUUGGUGAUUGGUGAGUCCACCCUCAAUGUCGUUAGCGCUUACGCGCCGCAAGCGGGCUUGGAUGAGGAGGUUAAAAGACGCUUCUGGGAGAGUUUGGACGAGGUUGUGCGUAGUAUUCCACCCGCUGAGAGGCUAUUUAUAGGAGGGGAUUUCAAUGGCCUCAUUGGGUCAGUUGCUGGUGACUAUGGCGAGGUGCAUGGUGGCUUCGACUUUGGGGAUAGGAACGGAGGAGGUUCUUCGCUGUUGGAUUUCGCUAAGGCUUUCGAGCUGGUGAUUGCGAACUCGAGUUUUCCGAAGAGGGAGAAGCAUCUAGUAACUUUCCGAAGAUUGAUUGUGAAAACUCAGAUUGAUUACCUCCUCCUCAGAAGGUGUGAUAGAGGGUAG